UUCCAUCGGUGUUCCAUAAAAAAGCAACUUAUGUACAGGUGGGGCGGAUUUUGCGCCAUUAUACCGCACUUUCUAAUUCUGACAAACUGGAUCUUUCUUCGUUGUUACACCAAUCCUGUAAAAGAUAGGAGCUCGUGCAAAAAAAACAAAACCCUCUUAUUGGAAGUAUAUGUCAUGGAUAUAAACAUCUUUGAUCAAUCUAUUUGUCAUUCUAAAUAUUCUAAAACCGCUUUAGUUCCGAGUCAAGGUUUCAGUCAAAGUUCAUACGCAAGCAACAUGAAAAGUGGAUAUAACAAACCAUAUGAGGAACAAGCUCCAAAGUUAUCUUACUAUCAUAAUGGUACAGGAGAAUAUUCAACGGACCAUGUCAUCGCGUCUCACCAUGGUAGCCUUAAAGCCAAGAACCAUCGCAUCACAAAGGCUGCCACUCAAGAGGCCAAUGAGAGACCUUUUAGAUGUACUAUACCAGGCUGUGCAAAGUCUUACAAGAACCCGAACGGUUUAAAAUACCAUAACGAACACGGUCAUCGGUCAGCUAUGUCAGAUACAGAAGAAAAGAAGCCAGUUAUCAAACCUUACGAGUGCAACUUCCCUGAAUGUGAAAAACGAUAUAAGAAUGCCAACGGAUUAAAGUAUCAUCUUGAACAUGCACAUCAUACCAUGAUUCGUCGAGUUUAA